CAGACAUUCAAGUAUACAGAAUUUUUCUAAAAGAAAGUUGAUUGUGAACCCGAGCUCUCGAACGUGAAGGAACGUCCCAACCGAAGUGGAAAUAAAUAAAUUAUUUUAUUGAAUUAAAUGUGAAAUAAUUGAAAAUAAAUAACAGAAAGUAGUGCCUGAAACAGUGACACAUGUGGGCUGAAAAAAGUAGUUGACAAAGCCUGGUUUUCCGAAGACCUUUCCAAUUGAACCCAAUACGUCAGCAAUUGCCAUCGUUUUUAGACUUAAAAAAGUGAUUAAAUUAAACUAAAAACUCUUCAAAACAUAGCAACAAGUUCAAACUUGAGCAAUAUGCAAGAAUUUCAACAUAAAUCGAGGAGUUUUCGAAAGAAAUCGAACCUAGACGGGGGAGUCAUGGAGAACAAAGAAAGCCAUCGGAAAUGGGGCUCCUCGGGGCAAGUUGCAGCAGCAGCAGCAGAAAAAACUUGAUGGAGCGCAGCUGCAGCAACUUUUCUCUAUAUGUACUUUCGACGAGACAUACAUAUAUGUCCAUAUGUAUAGCCAUAUCGGGUGUACAAAGAAAACGAGUCUUUGUUCUGCUGACAAAUCGAUGGAAAAUGCAACAACCACAUCGGAAAAAAGAAGGAGUCUUCGUGAGGGUUCUUCCCAUCCAGACUUUUCGGGGAAGGCGAAGAAUGAGUUCCAUUGACAUUUCUGGAAGCUAAAAGGAUCCAACCCAAACCGAUUUAAGGAGAAAUGCAGAUAUCUAGGACUGGCAGGACUUGGUAUUUAUGACUACUAUUCUACUUGCUACAAAGCAUCCAUCGCUAACGACCCACCAAUUGCACAAAACCAACCACCAACCAUAUACUAAGUAUAUCCCAGGCUGUGUAAAAGCGUAUCAUGCCACCGACCAUAUUGUUUAUAAAUCCUAUGUGCAUAUAUCGUUAGAGUGUAAGUGUCUUUCCAGGUCAACCAUCAUCACCAAAACCAAACCAAACCAAACUACAACAUCAGCGCCUCGCCCACUAAUCAUUUCUUUCUCUAUUAUAUAUGCCAUAUAUAUACCAUAUCCCGAUAAACCCUGCCCUCCUCCCGAUCCUCCUUACUGACGUACUGUUUGCCUUGCAGUUUCCAAGUACCAGACGGCCUACGCCUGCGAAGGUAAGAAACUGACCAUUGAGUGCGAUCCCGGGGACGUGAUCAACCUGAUCCGAGCCAACUAUGGCCGUUUCUCGAUCACCAUCUGCAAUGAUCAUGGCAAUGUGGAGUGGAGCGUCAAUUGCAUGUUUCCCAAGUCGCUCACAGUACUGAAUUCAAGAUGUGCCCACAAGCAGAGCUGCAGUGUGCUAGCUGCCACAAGCAUGUUCGGAGAUCCCUGCCCCGGCACCCACAAGUAUCUGGAGGCUCACUAUCAGUGCAUCAGUGCUGCCCAGACCUCGACCACCACCAACAGGCCCAGUCCACCGCCCUGGGUGCUGAACAACGGCCCACCGAUCUUUGGCAAUGGCAGUGGGCUGAUCCACCCACCUGGCUCGCCAGGAGCUGCACCACCUCCACCCCGAUUGCCCACUCUGCCCGGCGUGGUGGGCAUUAGUGGCAACGGGGGACUGUUUAACGUCCCUCCACCCCACACCGUCACGCACUCGACGCCCUCGAGCAGCACUGUGCCGGGGAGAAUGAAGGGCGUGGCAACGUCCACGACAACCACCAAAAACCCCGCUGGUCGACACGAUGGCCUGCCACCUCCACCACAACUGCAUCACCACCACACACACCAUGGCGAGGAGGCAGCCCCUCCCACCAAGCCGAGCAGCAAGCUCCCAUCUGCCGGGAAUGCCACGGCACCGUCAAACACCCGCAUCCUGACGGGCGUCGGCGGCUCCGGUACCGAUGACGGCACCUUGUUGACCACCAAGAGUUCCCCCAACCGACCGCCGGUGACGGCCAGCAAUGGAUCUCCAGCAUCCGGCAAUAACAGCGUGGUGCGAACCAUUAACAACAUCAACAUGAACGCGGCUGGAAUGUCUGGAGCCGAUGACGAGAGCAAGCUCUUCUGUGGCCCCACCCAUGCCAGAAAUCUCUUCUGGAACAUGACACGGGUGGGCGAUGUAAAUGUCCAGCCCUGUCCGGGCGGAGCAGCCGGCAUAGCCAAGUGGCGAUGCGUGCUGAUGAAGCGACUCCCAGACUCUGGCUACGACGAGUAUGAUGAUGAUCCCAGCUCCACCACGCCCGCUCCCAGUGGCGGCGACUGUCUGCACAACAGUAGCAGCUGCGAUCCGCCGGUGAGCAUGGCCCACAAGGUAAACCAGCGGUUGCGAAACUUCGAACCCACUUGGCAUCCCAUGACGCCCGAUUUGACGCAGUGCCGCAGCCUGUGGCUGAACAACCUGGAGUUGCGGGUUAAUCAGCGAGAUUCUUCGCUCAUCUCGAUCGCCAACGACAUGUCGGAGGUGACUAGCAGCAAGACGCUCUACGGAGGCGACAUGUUGGUGACCACGAAGAUCAUUCAAACGGUGUCCGAGAAGAUGCUCCACGACAAAGAGACCUUCCCCGAUCAGAGACAGCGCGAGGCUAUGAUUAUGGAGCUACUGCACUGUGUGGUGAAGACGGGUUCGAAUUUGCUGGACGAGAGUCAGCUGUCCUCCUGGCUCGACCUGAAUCCGGAGGACCAAAUGCGAGUGGCCACAUCCCUGCUCACAGGACUAGAGUACAAUGCCUUCCUCUUGGCGGACACCAUUAUUAGGGAGCGCAGUGUGGUGCAGAAAGUCAAAAAUAUAUUGCUCUCGGUGCGAGUCCUGGAGACAAAGACUAUUCCGCCCAGCGUCAUAUUCCCAGAUUCGGAUCAGUGGCCUUUGAGCUCCGAUCGUAUAGAGCUGCCCCGUGCCGCUCUCUUGGACAACAGUGAGGGUGGUCUGGUGCGGAUUGUGUUCGCAGCAUUCGAUCGCUUGGAAUCCAUUCUCAAGCCCAGCUAUGACCACUUUGAUCUCAAGAGUUCUCGCAGCUAUGUUCGCAAUACAGCAAUCCUGGCCAAUGAUAGCAGUGAUUCCAACACCGGGGAGAUCCAACAGCGCAUACGCAUACUCAACAGCAAGGUGAUCUCGGCCAGCUUGGGCAAGGGAAGGCACAUCCAGCUGUCGCAGCCCAUCACUCUAACGCUCAAACACUUGAAAACCGAGAAUGUGACGAAUCCUACUUGUGUUUUCUGGAACUACAUCGACCACGCCUGGUCUGCCAAUGGCUGUAGUCUGGAGUCCACCAACCGCACGCACAGUGUUUGCAGCUGUAAUCAUUUGACCAACUUUGCCAUUCUCAUGGACGUGGUGGACGAACACCAGCACUCGCUCUUCACCAUGUUUGAUGGGAACAUGCGGGUCUUCAUCUACAUCAGCAUCGCCAUCUGUGUGGUGUUCAUCGUCAUCGCCCUGCUGACACUAAAGCUGUUCAACGGGGUCUUCGUCAAGUCGGCUCGCACCACGAUCUAUACCAGCAUCUAUGUCUGCCUUCUGGCCAUCGAGCUGCUAUUCCUACUGGGCAUUGAACAGACCGAAACAAGCAUUUUCUGUGGUUUCAUAACCGUUUUCCUCCACUGUGCCAUCCUAUCCGGCGCCGCCUGGUUCUGCUACGAAGCCUUCCAUUCGUACUACACUCUCACCUCGGACGAGCUCCUGGUGGAGGUGGACCAGACCCCCAAGGUCAACUGGUACUACCUGCUGUCCUACGGCCUCUCUGUGUCGGUAGUGGCUAUCUCUGUUGCCAUCAAUCCCAGCACCUACACCCAGAACGACUAUUGUGUCCUCAUGGAGGCGAAUAUCCUGUUUUAUGCCACAUUCGUGGCACCGGUUCUCAUUUUCUUUGUGGCUGCCAUUGGUUACACUUUCCUGUCUUGGAUCAUCAUGUGCCGCAAGAGCUGCACUGGCCUUAAAACCAAGGAGCACACUCGCCUCGCUAGUGUUCGCUUUGACAUUCGCUGCUCCUUCGUAUUCCUCUUGCUCCUAAGCGCUGUUUGGUGCUCCGCCUACUUCUACUUGCGAGGCGCCAAAACGGACGAGGACACCACCACCAUCUAUGGCUACUGUUUCAUCUGCUUCAACACGCUGCUGGGUCUCUACAUCUUUGUAUUCCACUGCAUCCAGAACGAAAAGAUUCGAAGGGAGUAUCGCAAGUAUGUGCGUCAGCAUGCUUGGCUACCGAAAUGCCUGCGGUGCUCCAAGACCUCUAUUUCUUCGGGAAUUGUGGCGGGCGGCGGGCCCGCUGCUGGUACUCUCUGCAGCGUAAACACCUCCAAGAAGCCUAAGCUGCCGCUGGGAGUUAGCGAGGAAGUCCAUGGCGAGCAGCAACAGCACCAACAGGCGAUGGGUGUGCCAGCUCCCGAGGAUGCCAUCAUGGGAGCCACUUCUGAUUGCGAACUAAACGAAGCCCAGCAGAGGAGAACUCUGAAGAGCGGCUUGAUGACGGGCACUUUGCAGACACCCCAGCAGCCGCUGGCUGGGCAUGUGGUUCUUGAGAGGGGCAGCACUCUGCGCUCCACUGGUCACGCCUCGCCCACCAGCUCAGCCGGCUCGACACACCUCAUCUUUGCCCACAAGCAGCAGCAACAGCAGCAGGCCCUGGGCGAGUCGUACUACCACCAGCCGGACUACUACAGCUGGAAGCAACCUCCCCAAGGAGGCCUCAAGAGUCAGAGAGAGUACUAUAACAAUGCCGGGGUGGCUGCCUCUUCGCCGCAGCAGGCGCAUGAGGUGUUCUACUGGACCCAGAAGCCCAACAGUCAGCACGGUAAGAAGAAACGCGGCGGAGCAGUCCCAGCUUCGCCUAGUGGAUCGCUCCACAGCCGCACCGCCGCCGCUUCGCAGGUGCUCUUCUAUCCAUCUUACAAGAAAACUAAGCAGGGCCAGCCAUCCGGCUAUCCACACUACGCGGAGGCCCUAGAUCCCCCACAUAGUGCUGGAGCUGCUUUCUACCAACAGCAGCAGCAGAUGCGUCGCCAACAGCAGCAGCAACAACAACAGCAGCAGCAGCAGCUCUCCUCAGACGAGGAGCAGGCUGAGCAGCAUGCUCAUCUUCUGCACUUGCAGCACCAGCAACAGCAUCAGCGACGAGUCGGUGGCCAACAACAGCUUCCCGCUCCACCGCCACACAUGGCGCACUUCCAGCAGGAGUUCAUGCAACGCCAGUUUAGAAAUAAGACUUCCAACUGUGAUCUGGCCAUGGGGGGCGAUACCUACCACAACCAAGGCAGCGAGGGCGGCGCAGAUGUCUGUCCCGUAUACGAGGAGAUCCUCAGCAAUCGCAACUCGGACGUGCAGCACUAUGAGGUGGGUGACUUCGACGUGGACGAGGUGUACAACAACAGUGUCGGCACCGGCGUAUUCAACAGUAUGCGAGCAGCUAUUACCGCUGGUGGCAGUCGCUACGGCGGCGGUAGCCUAAGUGGCGGCAGUGUCUCAUCACGGAGCCAACAGCAGCAGCUGCAGAAACAACAGAAGCAGCAGCAGCAACAACAACAGAGAUCGGCACGCCGCUGCACAGCCGAUGAUGACGACGACGAUGAUGAGGAGGAGGAUGAUGAGGCUACGGCCGCGGAGCAACUGCACGACAGCGUCUGUGAUGAUGAUGAUGAGGAGGAGGAUAGCGAUCUGGAUGACGACGCGCACAAACUGCCACCCCAAAGCGACGAGCGAAUGCGCCGUCUGAUGGCGAUGCAGGAUGAGGACUUUAAGCGGCGGUUUCAACGUCAGCAACGCAAGAAUGGCGCGUCCAUUGAUUAUGGAGCCUUGCCUCCGGGAGUAGCGCCAGGAGCUGGAUCAGCAGGUCCGCACCCCGACCACAAUCGUGCGGUUUUUGGGGUUAGCGGCGGCGUUGGUGAGGGCUCCAUGCGUGGCGCGUACCGGCAGCAGCAGCAGCAGCAACAACAACAGCUAAACGCCAAGUCGCCAAGUGCCCGCUUGGCGGUGAAUGAGCUAUUUGGUCAUGGUAAUGCCGGGCCACCGCUGCCGCCGGCAAAUCAAACGCCUGCGCAAAAGCGUCAGCAGCUACAGAAACUGUCACCACAGUCCACCACAUCAUCGUCGUCGCAUACAUCGCACAGCAACCUGCAACCACAUCCCCAUCCUCUAACCCAUCAGCAUCCGCAUCCUCCGCAACACCAGCAGCGCCAUUUGUCGGCCAUGCUGGAUGAGAAUAAUACGGUACGCUGCUAUCUGGAGCCGUUGGCAAAGUGAAGGAGCUGCUACCAGAUACCAGAGGUCGGUUCGGGUCACCGGUUACCGGUUAAUUAAUUACCCCCGGAACAGUCUUAGGCAAAAAUUGUAGCUUAGGGUCUAUAGCUAUACCUAGAAUUAGUCGUUAGUCGAAAUAUGGAGCAUUGUGUGAAACAACGUGCUGUCAUGCUAUACGUGCAGUGAUUCGAGAAUCCCAAAACUUUAUGAAUGUAUAUGUAAUAAUUGAACCUAGACCAUAGGGCCCACACGAAGAACAGACAGGACGAAGAACAGGAGCAGUGCAAGCUUAACCAAAACACGAGAAAAAGGAUAUAUAGAGAGAGAGGUCCUUCGACUUGCAUGCAUUUUAUACCGACUUUGAAAUCGAUAUUAAUAUAAAUGUAUGUACCAUAUAUGUAUAAUGUAUUGUAAUACAUGUCACCACAUGCCAUUUUUAAAUACUUAAAUAAUAAUUUAAACGAAAAAGAACAAAAUCAAGAAUAUAUAUAUAUAUAUAUGAGUGUAUAUGUAUAAGAUCUGAACUGUAUGUACAUGAUAUAUAGAAUGCAGGCGAAUUAUGUUUUAUGUAUUUUGUAAGGUAUUCGAUUGUUUUUGAUUUUCGCUGAUUAUGCUCGUAAGAUAUAUAUAUAUAUAUAUAGACACAGGCUUAAGAUUUGUUUCGUGUUUCAUAAACCAAAAAAAAUAAUAAUGAAGAAAAGAAAAUCCCCAUGUUUUUUUGCUAUCCAACUGCCGAUUUACACUUCUAAACCCAAAAAAUAGUCCUUCCAAUUAUAGAAACAUGAUUCCGAAGGAAUUGUAAUGCCAUUUAUGUCUAAUUUAUUUCUAAUUUUCAAAGACGACCAGAACGAAGCAUUUGAAGUGUACAUUUUCAUCAAUAUAGAUGCUUUAAGCACGCAAAUUAGGGGCAUUUAUUUUAUAUAUAAUUUUUAUGAAAGGACGAUCGCUUAGAAUGCUUUAUUAUUUAUAACGAGAUGUAAUGAAUGAAAUUAAAUAAAUUGAAUGCUAUGUAAAUGUCUUGGAAAUUGCAUUGCAGGCAGGCACCAAACCAAACUGAACACUGAACACUGGAUAGAUCAGAAUACAGAAAUACCUAUUAUAGCAAAGAAAGAUUUCAACAAAACCUCACUUGUUAACUAGGAACUAACUUGUAAACUCUUUGAAAACUAGCCGGCUAACUUCACAAACCUACCUACUACCUACUAUCUCCCUGAAUGGCAUUCCUUCUAGAAUUUCACGCAUGUGUACAAAAAACCAAAUAAAAUAAAGUGCAAAACCGAAUGAUUACCAAUACUA